GUCAUAGUAUUGGACCGCGUCUCGUUUCAGAUCUGGGAUCGACACGAUGUUUACAAAUUAGGUAAACGAUAAUAUUUUAAAAGUUUUUUGAAGUUUGUGAACGAUAUUCGACUUUUUGGAAUCAAGCAAAGAGUGUAUUGUGAUUAUCAACAUUUUUGUAAUAUUUCUAUAUUCCUUAUAUGCGCACAACUGCCUGCAAUACGCAGGAAAGGCUCUUUAAUUUAUAAACUUGUUUCCUAACCUCUCUUUAUAUUCAUCAACGUAUGCCCAACAAAUGCUGAAUAAUGAACGCUUAGCUUUAUACUUUUCAUGUUCAAUAUGGUGAGCUAAUCGACUCAUAAGUGCUGAAAAAAUUCUACACGUGCCAAAUACAAUAUCACAAAAUUAAUCAAGUUUACAAAGUUUACUCUCAUGGGAAAGUGAGGUUAGACUAUCAUCAAUCUCAUAAAAUUGACUGAAAUCAUUCGAGAUUUUGAUAAUUUUGCACAGUGAAACAAAGAUCCACGAUUUAUUAAACUUUUGAAUAAUGGAGUCUGAUUACGAAGAGGAUCGGACUGGUUGGGAAGAUGAUAUGGGAAGAGGAGAAGAUAUGAGCCUGGAAGAUGCGUUAGAAAAUCCACGAGAAAUUUUAAACGAAUGUCUCGAAAAGUUCAAAACACCUGAUAAUAUUAUGGAACCAGGAAUUUUCACACAGCUCAAAAGAUACUUUCAAGCUGGUGGGAAUCCGGAACAAGUAAUCGAACUUCUGUCGAAAAAUUACACAGCAUGUGCACAGAUGAACAAUCUUUUGGCCGAGUGGCUGAUUCUCGCUGAAGUCAAAGUCACAGACGUUCAAGCCAUGAUCGAAAAUAAUUUAAAGGACAUGGUUUUGAAAACAUUUGAGCCCAAAAAGGCAGACAAAAUUUUCACAGAGGAGGGAGAGACACCAGCCUGGCUGACAGAAAUGAUUCAGCAUCCGACGUGGCGAUCAUUAAUUUACAAAUUAGCAGAGGAUUAUCCCGACUGCUUAAUGUUGAAUUUUAUCAUAAAGCUUAUUUCCGAUGCUGGAUUCCAAGGCGAGAUCACGAGUAUUUCGACAGCAGCGCAACAAAUCGAAGUUUUUUCGCGUGUUUUAAAAACCGCGAUUGCAGGUUUUCUUCAAAAUACCGAAGAUUGGCAAUCAAGUAUCCAGGAGUGUGCAAAAAUGGUGUGUCAUGGUCAACACACCUACGUCUACAGUCAGGUCCUCCUUCAAAUUUUGUCUCAAGAACCGCGAGGAGGUUUUAUGAUGAAGAGGCUUUCACAGGAAAUCACAAAAUGUGCUCAAUUAAAUCGAAACGACGUUACACCGAUUACGAUGGCUUUGAAUGGAGCAGCAGCUUUUCCAGCUGCGUGCCAAGCACUGGCUUCCAUGUUGUCGCGGAAUACUCUAAAUCCUGCGGAUAUCUCACUUCUGUAUAGAAAUUAUUCCGUGUCUGAACCACCUUCGAUAGAACUGAUUCGAAAUCCCCAGUUUCUAGAACUUUUGGUUGAUGCUCUUUUCAAACCGGGCGUUAAAGUAAACCAGGAACACAAGCCAAAGUACAUUUACUUGCUAGCGUAUGCUGCGAGCGUUUGCGAAGUUCCUCCGAAAAAAUUAACUCCUCGUAAAAUUAAUAAAGACGAACUGAAAACGACGAUACAGGCAAUUGAGAAAGUGCACAAUAUCUGCAAUAAUAACAAAGGCUCGACGGAACUCAUAGCGGAAUUAACUACCAUUUACCAAUGUAUAAGGUAUCCAGUUGUUAGCGUUGGUGUCAUUCGAUGGGUGGAAUGCACAGUAACUGAACCUUCCUAUUUUAAACUGUGUACAGAGCAUUGUCCAAUCCAUCUGGCAGUAUUGGAUGAAGUUGUUGUUUGUCAUAAUCUGCUACAUCCGAAAAUUUUGCAGCUUUUGGUCAGACUCUUUGAGAGCAAGCAGGAUGAACUUGAAAUUCUUGUGCAGUUGGAAAUGAAGAAAAUGCUGUUAGACAGAAUGGUUAAUUUGUUGAGCCGCGGUUGCGUUGUUCCCGUAGUUUGUUACAUAAAGCAAUGUUGGCAACGUGGAGAUACGGAUAUAUCCUUGAUAAGAUAUUUCGUAACAGAGGUUUUAGAAGCGAUCUCUCCGCCAUAUUCCGCCGAGUUUGUACAACUCUUUUUGCCCAUGGUUGAAAACGAGGAAAUCACUGGAACAAUGAGAGGUGACAACGACAACGAUCUCGUCUCUGAAUUCAUAAUUUAUUGCAAAGCACAUAAUCCGGUCGGGAGAUGACGAUUUAAAAACUAAGUUUAGAUAGGAACGAAUAUCGAAAAGUUUGAAUCAAGAAAGAAAUCUGUUUAUUUUACAUAACGGAAGGGAACAAGGUAGACCAUAAAUUAGUUUUAUUUUACGUGGUGGACUCUAUUCUUCUGUGAUAGACGCAGCCUAGUUCUUUCCUGAAACAAAAAAAUUAUUUUCAGUCCAAAAUAUUGGCAGAAAGUUCUUUUGUUAGUUCAAACUCGGCACAAAUCGCACAAAAUAUCUGUGCGACUAAAUAAACAGUACAUUUUCGUGAAUCAGGAUCGUCUCUUUAGUUUUAAACGAAGUAUUGUUGAACAAUAAUUAUAGAACUUUUUUUGUAAUUUUAAAUUUCUACGUUAGAAAGAAAUUUACAAAAGUGUUUCGGGUUUCUUUUUCUUAACGCCAUGGAUUAUUUAAUAAUUAUUAUUGGUAAAAUAGGGGAUAAAUGCAAGCCUGAUAAAGUUUAAGAUAUGCAAUGUUAUCAGGAGAUGUCAAGUGGUAAAAUUGUCACGCUCAUUCCUUAAAAACCAUGCAAAGUUAUUAAAUGAACAAUCUCAAAGCGCGAAUUGACUCACUCAUCAAUGUACAUUUUCAAUUCUUGUCACCUGUAAGAAAAAUACAUAUUUGUAUAAAUUCUGAGUAUAGAAUUUAAUAAACAACUAAUUUAAUAAGA